AUGUUCCAGUCAAGAUGCCUGCGAUCGGCCACCAAGACUUCGCCUGGCAUACCGGAUGGCCUUCCUGUGAGCGCCAGGUCUGAGCCUCCUCCUUCAGCGCCGCCACCCCCCGACGGCGGUUAUGGUUGGAUCUGCGUCCUCGCUCAAUUUAUCGUCAAUGGCUUCACAUGGGGCGUCGCAGCUUCCUACAGCCUAUUUCUCGCCUACUACCUGUCGCACGACCUCUUCGCGGAAGCGCAUGACCUAGAUUAUGCUCUUAUUGGUGGUUUGAACUUUGCGGCUGCGUUGUUUGUGGCGCCGCUCGCCGUACUGCUGGCACGCCAUCACGGCGUACGGGCACCCAUGCUUGCAGGUAGUGUCGUCCUCUCCGGGGGCUUCCUCGCGGCGUCUUUUGCGUCCAAAGUGUGGCAUCUCUACCUAUCGCAGGGAAUGUGCGUAGGCAUGGGCAUUGGGCUGGUAUAUAUCCCAGCCACAGCGGUCAUCCCCCAGUGGUUCGACAAGAAGCGCAGCCUGGCCAAUGGCAUCUGCGCCGCCGGCUCUGGCAUAGGCGGCCUUAUCAUUUGCUUCUCUGAGCAGGCGAUGCUCGACGCAAUGGGACUAGUGUGGGCGCUGAGAAUCACAGCUCUCAUUGUUCUUUUUGCCAAUCUCGCGGCUACGCUGUUGAUGAGAUCGCGUGAUCACGAGGUCCAGCCGCAUCGCCGUACAUUCCACCUCCGUCUGCUGGCUCUCUACCAGGUACAGCUGCUUCUGGGGUGGAGCAUUAUCCUGAUGUUUGGAUACAUUACUCUCAUGUUUUCUCUGUCGGACUAUGCCCUCGUUAUCGGCAGAUCGCAGCAGGAUGGGGCGAUUGUGGCGGCAAUGCUCAAUCUGGGAACAGCACUCGGACGACCGUUUGUCGGAUACGCCAGUGAUAAACUUGGCCGCGUCGAAGUAGCUGGCGUUUCAACGUUCACCUGUGGGGUGCUAGUACUCUCGAUGUGGCUUCCAUCGACAAAUUUCGGGGCUCUGAUUGCGUUUGCGAUUAUCAGCGGCGCAAUCCUGGGAAUCUUUUGGGUGGUCAUUGGACCCUUGGCUACCGAGAUUGUCGGGCUGAAGGAGCUACCGGCACUUCUCAACAUGACGUGGCUGGCCGUUUCAGUGCCAAGCCUAUUUGCGGAAGUUAUUGCUUUAAGGCUGCGGCGACCUGAAAAGGGAGCACGCUCCUAUUUGGACGCUCAGAUCUUUGCCGGCGCGUCGUACUUGUUAUCGAGCCUACUGCUCCUUGAACUUUGGCGAGUUAGAAGGAAAGGUUCACAAAAACGCGCCAGGUCGUGA